UCCCAACAUUUUAAAGUUUUUAAGCCAUCUCUUCUUUAACUGUUUGACUGACUAUCAGUCGCGUAAGUAAGAAUGGAGCAGAAUUUGAGGGAUGCCGCUCAGCAAGGAAGUAUUGAUGCCUUGUACUCAUUGAUACAGAGAGAUGCUUAUAUUUUGGACAAGAUCAAUGCAAUUCCAUUUGUUGAGACUCCUUUACACAUAGCUGCAUCUGCAGGGCACACCCAAUUUGCCAUGGAGAUUGUGCGGUUAAAGCCGUCAUUUGCUAAGAAGCUUAAUCAAGAUGGCUUCUCCCCCAUGCACCUUGCUUUGCAAAAUAAGCAAACCCAACUGGUGCUGCUGCUGCUUGAUGUUGAUGACGACCUUGUUCGUGUCCAGGGAAGGGAGGGUGUGACUCCUUUGCAUUACGUAGCUCAAACAGGAAACCUCAAUCUUUUGGCUGAAUUUCUAAAAGUUUGCCCCAAAUCUAUUGAAGAUGUAACAAUUCGAAGAGAGACUGUCCUGCAUAUUGCCCUCAAAUACAACAUGCUCGAUGCUUUUCGGCUCGUGUUGGGUUGGCUUCGGCGGGCCUGGUUUAGAAAUGCCUCACUGUGGGAGAAGAAGUUGCUGAACUGGCAGGAUGAGGAAGGCAACACUGUGUUGCAUAUUGCAGUAUCCCAAAAUCAACCCCAGAUUGUGCGAUUGUUAUUGAACUUUAGGUCAUUCUUUCACUGUAAAGUUGAUAUAAGCGCCAAAAAUUCAAGAGGCCUUACAGCGUUUGACAUGUUGCAAGGGGAUAACCAACAGAUCAUCAAGGAUAUGCUACGUCGUGCUAGUUGUUUCAGUACUUUGCAUCUUCCGAGAGUUGCAUCUAAUGCAGAUUACUUGAAAUCUCCUGUCCCAAUUGACGAGAAGAUAUACAUAGUGUUUCUCCGUCAGAGAACCAACAUGACAAACGACACGCGCAAUGUCUUACUGGUGGUUGCAGCGUUGCUUGUAACAGUCACCUUCCAAGCAACACUCAGCCCCCCUGGCGGAGUUUGGCAAGAUGACUCCUCUCCUACAACCAAUACGUCCAAUAGCAUUGCCCCGGCCAGUCCAACCUCACACUCUGCGGGGACAGCAAUCAUGGAUGAAUACCUUUUCUUUAUACUCGCGGCUUUAAAUCUUAUAUCCUUUUGUGUAACAGUCUUUACAAUAUUCGUCCUUCUCCCUGGUGGUUUUAGAAGUGGGUUGUUCAUCGUACCCCUUUAUAUCCUCUCUUUGUGUUUUGUCGCGUCAUUACUGAUCACAGCUCCCGUAGACAUUAAGGGAGGUCAUCCGGCGGCGAUGUCCUUCAUGUUUUCUCCUCUGAUGGUUCUGUUUUUAGAAGCCAUUGUGAGGUUGAGGCGAAGAAAACUUUUCCAGGCCUUUCUUCCCAAGCUAAAACUGCUUGACCCAACUCUUUUAUAGAUCGAUCGGUGGGAUUAAUUCGCUAAUCCCCCAACACAGUUGGGUGCGGCGCCGGGUCUGUAACACACCCGAAGUGAUGUUAAUCUUUUGAGAUGUAUUUUGCUGAGUUUUGUGUAUGUAAAUGAUGGUAUGGGUAUGGAA